CGACAUUGCCGGAACAGCUGUUUAACUUCUAGACCAUUUAUUUAAAAGUUUUUUUUAUUUAUUUACAUAAUGGUAAUACUUAAAACAACGUGUUGACAUAAAUAAAAGUGCUAUAGCAACAAGAGUAUUUUUAAAAGUAGAAUCGGAAUAAAUGCCUUAAAAACAUGACUGGACGUGCAAUAGCAGUAACUCGACCGUGGAACAGCAUGUGGAGAAGACGACUUCCAGUGGCUGUGCGGCAUGCCUCCACCACUGCCUUCAAAGGAGCUACAUCCGCUCCUGCGUCGGUGUCAUCCACUGGAACUGCUGAAAUCAAAGCGGAACCGGCAGCACGUGCCACGUUUCUGGAGCGGGUUCAGCGGGGACCUGGCUUCCAGGACUUCUUUACGGUCAAACCAGCGUCCAGGGUGAAACUAAAUGAGGAGGAGGAUGUGGACGCCAGUGUGCCCUACCUAAACUCCAUCGACUUUGAUGGAAAUGGCAAGAAAGUGCACUUUGAGGUCUACGGCUGCCAGAUGAACACGAAUGACACCGAGGUGGUGUGGAGUAUCCUUCAGAAAAGCGGUUACUUGAGAUGCCAGGAGCCCGAGGAGGCCGAUGUCAUCAUGCUGGUCACCUGCGCAGUGCGCGACGGAGCGGAGCAGAGGAUCUGGAACCGAUUGAAGCACCUGCGGGCCAUGAAAACCAAGCGCAGUUCGCGACGACAUCCGCUCCAGCUGACGCUGCUUGGUUGCAUGGCGGAGCGGCUGAAGGAGAAGCUGCUGGAGCAGGAGCAGUGUGUGGACGUGAUCGCUGGACCAGAUAGCUACAAGGAUUUGCCCCGACUGCUGGCCAUCUCCCGGCACUAUGGCAACUCCGCCAUCAAUGUGCUCCUCUCGCUGGAUGAGACCUAUGCGGAUGUGAUGCCCGUGAGGCUGAACUCGGAUUCGCCCACAGCCUUCGUGUCCAUCAUGCGGGGCUGUGACAAUAUGUGUACCUACUGCAUAGUACCCUUCACCCGCGGACGCGAGCGUUCCCGACCGCUGGCAUCGAUUGUGGCCGAGGUUAAGGCUUUGGAGGAUCAGGGGGUUAAGGAAGUUACCCUGCUGGGUCAGAAUGUCAACUCGUACAGGGACCGAAGUGCACUGGAGGGAGAGGAUUCGCCAAAAGCCACUCCUGUUCCCGGUUUCAGCACCGUUUACAAACCCAAAAUCGGUGGCACUCCCUUUGCCGCGUUACUCCGAGCCGUGGCUCAAGCUGUUCCCGAGAUGCGCAUCCGUUUUACCUCCCCGCACCCGAAAGAUUUCUCCGACGAAGUACUAAAGGUCAUAAGAGAUCAUCCGAAUGUGUGCAAGCAACUGCACUUGCCAGCACAAUCGGGCAACACGCAAGUUCUGGAGAGGAUGCGACGCGGUUACAGCAGAGAAGCUUAUCUGGAACUUGUGCAGCACAUCAGGCAAUUCCUACCCAACGUGGGCCUCUCCAGUGACUUCAUCUGCGGCUUUUGCGGCGAAACAGAGGAGGAGUUCCAAGACACCGUAUCCCUCAUACAGCAAGUGCAGUACAAUGUGGCCUAUUUGUUCGCCUAUAGCAUGCGGGAAAAGACCACAGCCCAUCGUCGCUACAAGGAUGAUGUGCCCAUAAAUGUGAAGAAUGCGCGCCUGCAACGCAUGGUGCAAGCUUUCCGAGAGGGAGCUACCCAGUUACACAGCAAAAUGGAGGGCCAGCAGCAGCUGAUCUUAGUUGAAGGCAAAAGCAAGCGGUCCGAUGCCCAUUGGUUUGGUCGCAAUGAUGCCAAUAUCAAGGUGAUCGUUCCUGCUAUGGAUUUGCCCAUAACCGGUGAUCCCAAAGCUAGGAAAUCCUUUGGAGUAGGUGACUUUGUGGCGGUCCGCAUUGAGGAGUCCAACUCCCAGGUGCUUAAGGGCACGCCCCUCGAGUUGAGCAGCAUAACAGCCUUCCACAACAGACAGUUAAUACAAUAAAUCGAGCUUUAAUCGUA